CUGGUCGAGGAGUUGAUUGCGAGCGCCGAGGUGGUGAUCUUCUCAAAGUCGUACUGCCCACACUGUGCUAAGACCAAGGCACUGUUUGGCGCGAAUGGCAACACGGCGAAGGUGACACUUGAGACGCCGCCGCACGUCAUCGAGCUCGACCACAGCCGAGAUGGCCCGGCCAUCCAGGCUUGCCUUCUCAGAAUGACGGGGCAGCGUACGGUGCCUUCCGUCUGGAUCAAAGGCCAGCACGUCGGCGGUAAUAGCGACGUGCAGGCCUUGGCUGAAUCUGGCAAGCUCCAGAAGAUGCUC